CACACUCUCAAGUUUAAACCAGCAAACAGCUAAGAAAAUGGCUUUAGCUGUGACAUUAAUACUAACGGUAUGUUUCUUACUGUUCGUAAACAGCGGCUCCCUACCAACGAACUAUGAAUACUUCACGUCCGACGGGAUCAGCUCUGGUCUGUCAGUGGACCAGCCUUACUUCACCCUCAACGGCAAGAACUUUUCCGUCUACAGCGGGGCCAUGCACUAUUUUAGAGUCCCAAGGGGUCACUGGAGGGACAGAAUGAAGAAAAUGAGAGCAGCCGGCCUGAACACCAUUGAGACUUACGUGGCGUGGAACUUGCACGAACCCUAUUCGGGUGUGUACGAUUUUGGUGACGGCGGAACGGAAAUGGAGGACUUCCUGCAUAUCGAGGAACUGCUUCAGACUGCGCAGGAAGAAGAUCUGUUUGUUAUUCUGAGACCGGGACCUUACAUCUGUGCUGAGUACAACUAUGGAGGGUUCCCCGCUUGGUUGCUGAGGGAAAAGACGAUCGGAUUCAGAACGAACGAAGCCAACUACUUAAAAUACGUAAAAAGAUUCUUUGAAAAGUUGUUUGCGGUCGUAAACAAGCAUCAGUUCACGAAAGGAGGCUCCGUAAUUGCUUUCCAAAUAGAAAACGAAUAUGGAUUCGCCGCAUACAAAGACUUUGUACCCGAAAGGGCAUACCUCCAGUCCCUCUACCAGAUCUUUUUAGAUAACGACGUAGUGGAGCUGUUGAUAACUUCCGACAGUCCAUCAGUGGAAGGAGAUGAAGGCACCGUAGACGGAGUCUUCCAAGCCACCAACUUGGGUACCGAUCCCGAGGAGCAAUUCAACAAGAUCCUGAAGAGACAACCAAAUAAGCCCCUUCUGGCUAUGGAAUACUGGGUUGGAUGGUUUGAUUUUUGGACCGGCGUUCAUCACACCACCGAAACUGGCACCGUAUUGGAGGUCUUGAGACGCAUACUGGAAUUUCCAGCUUCUUUCAACAUCUACAUGUUCAUAGGAGGCACAAACUGGGGUUUCACCAAUGGAGCAUCUCUUGGUGCGGACUCUUUCAAUAACUCUGAAUUCAUGCCGGUAACGACAAGCUACGAUUACGAUUCCGUUUUGACCGAGGCUGGAGACUACACUGACAAAUACACCGUAGUCAAGAAGCUGAUAGAACAGUACAGCACCAUCCCAACCAACACGCCAGCAGUUCCGAACUUACAGCCCAAGAUUGCUUACCCAACGAUAACUGUACAAAAACGGCUAUCCUUCAGCGACAUUAUCGAUAAGAACGCUCCUUACGUGAUAAACAGCCCGAACGUGGUAGCCAUGGAACUGCUGGAUAUCAACAAUGGCUCAGGCCAAAGCGUUGGUUAUAUCGUUUACAGGAAGGAGAAUGUGGACUUGGCAGCUGAAACUGUUUUGAUGAUCGAAGGACACAUUUGUGACACAGCUGUUGUUUUGGUUAACGGGGUUUUAGUGUCACCGGUCUUGAAGUCGGUUAGUGAUAUCGACGGAUUCGGAUACUGGAGAUUGGAGAAUUCGACUCUACUGUUGAAUUCUAAUCCCAUAAGCAACGCUACCAUAGAUAUAGUGGUCGAGGAAUGGGGUAGAAUGAAUGGGGGAAAUAUAUAUCAAUACAACAAGACAUUCAAGGGCUUAUGGCAGGGAGAUGUGUACCUUAAUGAAGACAAAAUCUCCGACUGGAAAAUCAUCCCUCUAGAAUUCAAGAAAGAAUGGACUAAUAACCUCCAAGGUUGGAGUGACAAGACCUCUAACGAUGGAACCGCCCUCUUCUACGCUGCUUUGGAGAUCUCCGAUGAGCCCCAAGAUACUUUCCUGGACAUGAGGAAGUGGACCAAGGGUUUGGUUAUCGUGAACGGUUUCCCGUUAGGAAAAUACCUCAUGUUGGGUCCCCAGCAGACGCUGUAUCUUCCCGGUCCAUUCUUGAGGAAAGGAACCAACGAUAUAGUUAUCUUCGAGCAUUUCAAGGCUAACGACGAGGUGUCCUUCGCCUUGAAACAAAUUUGGACCGUGCCAGAUACUGUACAAUGAUUUCAUGUCUGAUAUUGAUAAAUAAACUUUUAUGCUGACUU